AUGAACACUAUUGUGAUGGACCUUCAUGAACCUCAGUCUCAACUGGUGUCUCUAAUCAGAGCCUCUGAAAUUGGAUUUUCUGUACACCACCUGGAGAGAUCAAAUCCCAGAUUUGAGGUCCUUGAAUUUGAAGUUCUUCAAAAUGAAGGAAUAACAGUCAUCUUAAUAGUGGCAACCUCAGAAUGCCUUGAGAAGAAGAGGUCCUAUGAGCCACUCUAUUUCCAUCCCAAGGCCAAGGGCAACCAGAUCCUGCUGAAUGACUGCUAUUCCAGGGCAGAGAGGAUAUCUACCUUUCAUGAUGGCAUUGUCUUUACCAACCGGCCAAUCCAGCCUUAUGAAAUAGUAACCCUCAGGAUCCUGGAGAUGGAAGAUAGAUGGAACGGUGGACUUCGAGUAGGGUUCAGCUGCUUGAACCCCUCAAAUAUCAAUCCUUGCAGCUUGCCCCCUUUUAUCUGUCCUGACCUAAUAGCCCAAUCUCCCACUUGGGCAGCUGUCUUGCCUGAUCAGUUCAUUAAAGUUGGAGAUAUCAUCCACUUCUGGGUGAACAACUCAGGAAAAGUCUUCUUGAGAACCAACGAGGUCAAAAAGUUUCCUUUAUUUGGCAGAGUGACUGUGAGCUCUCCUCUCUGGGCAGUGUUGGAUGUCUAUGGAACUACAAAAGCCAUCGAGCUGCUCACUCCCAUGAGUAAAUCUUUCGGGCCUAGACUUGUGACACCAAAGUUCAAGGAUGAACCUCAAGACAUCUGUUUCUGCUUCCCAGAUGGAGAUGAAGAAGAAUGUUCUGUCUGUUUGUACCAUGCCAAGAACACUUGGCUUUUUCCUUGUGGCCACACCAUCCUCUGCUAUUGCUGUGCCAAUCGCAUCUUUAGAGACACUGCCAAGUGCCCCAUGUGCCGUUGUAAGAUUGAGCUAUUCUAUCUACAAAAUAAAUUCACUCCAGCAGAUCCUCAAACUUUCUCUUCCACAUCUACUAUUGCAGUGGAAUCCAGGCAGUGCAGAGGCAGGAGCACCAAGACCAGCUCCUCUCCAAACUUUGGUCCUCUUCCAUCCUCUCAUGACACCCUCUCCUCAAAGCUGGCCAUGCCAUUUCAUACUGAAUAAAGAGACUCUGUUGGUGACUUUUUUGAUAUUAUCCAUUCAGGCUCUGUCAUUUAACUCUUUGUGUGAACCUGGCCAACUCACUGAAUAUCUCUCAGACUCAAAUUCCUCAUCUGUAAAAUGGGGAUUCCACCUACCUCAUAAGCUUGUUGCAAUGAAUGAAUAAUGUACAGUAUGUCAUGUAACCAUAAAGUACUACAUGUUUACAAA